GAGUACGCAAACAACGAUUGAAUAAACCAGAUAUCUUGAAAUAAAUAAAUUACAAUGGAAACGAUUUUAGAGCAACAGCGUCGAUAUCAUGAGGAGAAAGAGAGACUUAUGGACGCCAAAACGAAGGAGAUGCUCACGAAAAAACCCACGCUAAAAGACCAGAUCCACUCUGAUCAUCGAGUGAGAGCUAUGCUGGAUAGGUACAUGGAAGUGAGCGCAAACCUCAGAGACUUGAAUGAAGACAAAGAUGGUAUGAGGAAGGAUGAGCUGAACGCGAUCUCAGGACCGAACGAGUUCGCCGAGUUCUACAACCGACUCAAACUGAUCAAGGAGUUCCACAGGAAGCACCCGAAUGAGAUCUGUGUGCCCAUGUCAGUGGAGUUUGAGGAGCUCAUGAAAGCCAAAGACAACCCCAGCGAGGAGGCACAGAAUCUGGUGGAGUUCACUGAUAAAGAGGGAUACGGACGCUACCUGGAUCUCCACGACUGCUACCUGAAGUACACGAAUCUCAAAGGAGUCGAGAAACUGGAGUAUGUCACUUAUCUGUCAACGUUCGAUCAGCUCUUUGACAGCUCUAAAGACAGGAAGAACGCAGAGUAUAAGAAGUAUCUGGAGAUGUUGCUGGAGUACCUGCAGGAAUACACAGAUCGGGUCAAGCCUCUGCUGGAUCAGAAUGAGCUCUACGGAAAGAUCUUGGCAGAGUUUGAGAAGAAGUGGGAGAGUGGGAUGUUUCCAGGCUGGCCGAAAGAGAUGAGUAGUGCUCUGACUCACGCUGGAGCCCAUCUGGAUCUGUCUGCCUUCUCGUCCUGGGAGGAGCUGGCGUGUCUGGGUCUGGACAGAUUGAAGUCUGCUCUCAUGGCCUUGGGUCUCAAAUGCGGAGGCACACUAGAAGAGAGAGCCCAGCGUCUGUUCAGCACUAAAGGCAAAUCUCUGGAGUCUCUGGACCCCUCACUGUUUGCCAAAAACCCAAAAUCCAAAGGACCAAAGAAAUACUCGGAGCGCAACAAGGAAUCUGCUUUUCUUGAAGCUCAGAUUUAUGAAUAUGUGGAGAUUUUGGGGGAGCAAAGGCAGCUGACGCAUGAGAACGUCCAGAGGAAGCAGGAGAGGAGCGAGACGAGGAGGAUGAAGAGCAGCCGAGUGAGAGCGAGAGUGAAGAUGAAGAUAAUGAGAUCAUAUACAACCCCAAAAACCUGCCGCUCGGCUGGGACAGAAAGCCGAUUCCAUACUGGCUGUACAAGCUGCACGGCCUGAACAUCAAUUACAACUGUGAGAUCUGUGGGAAUUACACGUAAAGAGGACC